AUGGGCGGCGUUACCUCAUCCAUGGCGGCCAAGUUCGCCUUCUUCCCGCCGAACCCACCUUCGUACAAGCUCAUCAUCGAUGAUCUUACUGGCCUUUUGCUUCUCAGCCCUUUCCCUCAUCGCGAAAAUGUUGAAGUUCUGAAACUGCCCACUCGCCGGAGCACUGAUAUCGUUGCAAUCUAUGUCCGGCAUCCGAUGGCAACUUCGACUCUGCUUUAUUCUCAUGGCAACGCCGCCGAUCUGGGCCAAAUGUAUGAGCUCUUCAUCGAGCUUAGCAUUCACCUGCGUGUUAAUCUAAUGGGGUACGAUUAUUCGGGUUACGGUCAAUCAUCAGGAAAGCCAUCUGAGCAAAAUACAUAUGCAGAUAUUGAGGCUGCAUACAAGUGUCUUGAAGAAAGCUAUGGAACCAAGCAGGAAGACAUCAUCCUAUAUGGUCAAUCUGUUGGGAGUGGUCCGACUUUGGAUCUUGCAGCCCGACUUCCUCGGCUAAGAGCUGCCGUUUUGCACAGUCCAAUACUUUCUGGCCUAAGAGUCAUGUAUCCUGUGAAACGCUCUUACUGGUUCGAUAUCUAUAAGAAUAUCGACAAAGUUUCGCAGGUUAAUUGCCCUAUUCUCAUCAUUCAUGGAACUUCAGAUGAUGUGGUUGAUUGCUCUCAUGGCAAGCAACUUUGGGAACUUUGUAAAGAAAAAUAUGAACCAUUGUGGCUAAAAGGAGGAAACCACUGUAAUCUGGAGCUCUAUCCUGAGUAUAUCAGACAUCUAAAGAAGUUUGUAUUAACAGUUGAGAAACCGCCUUCUCAACGAUACAAUACUAGAAUGAGUACAGACCAAUAUGAGCAGCCACGAAAGAGCACCGAGUUUUUCGAGAUUCCAAGGAAGAGCACGGAUAGGAGAGAAAAACCGAGGCGGAGCAUGGAUCAACCAGAGAAGCUGAAGAAUCACUCUGAUAAGUUAGACAAGUUUAGACUCUCCUUUAACCAUGGGGAAAGGUCUCGCAGGAGCGUUGAUUGUCAUGAAAAGUCACGGAAAAGCAUCGAUCACCAGCUGGAAAGAGCAAGAAAAAGUGUUGAUCGGCUCGAUAGAAUACGAACCGGGUGACAAAUACAGGAAUCCAAAAUGUAGGGAUGAUUAUUAUAGAGACGCCAUAGUCAAAGGUUGACGACAACGACGAUGA